UCAAUUUGUGGUUAUAUUGUUACUAUUGAAACAAAAGUUCCAAGGGCUUAAUCAAAAAUUUUUCCAAGUUUGUCAACAAAUUUCAAGAAAUAACCACCAAUACGACGAAAAAACGAUUCUCGAUUUUUUAAAUUACUAUUACAAACUUCAUAAAAAACUGUGUAGCAUAACAAUUAUGGUUGAAAAAACGUACGCAACUGCAAAUUCAAUAAUUCUUAUGACUGCUAUACACUUCGUCAUUGAUACCCAUUUUAUCCAUUACACUAAAGAAAAAAUAUUUAUUUAUCAAGUAAAAUACCUGAGUAGUAUUUGCACUAAUAUUUUACAUAUUUUAACACUCACCUUAUUUUGCUGGAAAACAGCACAAGAGGCAAAUAAAUUGGCAGCUUUGCAAUCACAAUUUCCGAUUAAAUCCAAUUUGAUUGGUCUCAGGAUUCUGAAUUUUAUAUUGGAAGCCAAACACGAAAAAGUGGCCUUUCGUGUUAUAACUUAUUUGUCAUCGAUGAAUCGUUACUUUUCACUAUUACAGCCGCUAUUGCGACUUUCAGUAUCAUCAUUAUCCAAUUUGGGGCAACAAAUUUUUAUUCACUAUAGUUUCAAAGAAUUUAUUAGUCAGAAAAACCGUGUUAAUUUCGUGUCGACUUAAACAAUCUAGAAACAUUCACCUAAGUAAUGAGAUAAAAUCGUUACAAUUUAUUAAAUUGGCUAUUACACUUCUAAAAUCAAAGCUUACACUUGUUUCCUUUUCGCGUAAUAUUAAUAUAAGGCUGAACAAGAGGAUGCAUUUCGUGCGAGCUUUUAAACACUGUUAGGUCACAAACAACCGUUCCUUUAGUAGUAAUAGAGUAUUCCUUAUCGCCUGAUGCCAUUUUGCCAGCACCUCCCUCCGCCAUUGAAACCACGUGAACAGACAGCUUUUUACGAAAUUGGGCGUUUUCUUCUAACAAACUCUACAAAAUACAAUAUUUUUAGCAAAAUUGUAAUAAUAACAGAUGUAAAAACCUUAUAAAAAUCGAUAAUAUCCUCCUUAGUCAAGGUCCUCAAAUACGCGACUUCGACAUUCGCCCUAUCGAAAUGAUACUGCUGUGAGGUGAU